AUGGGGGCUACAAAGUUAUUGAUUGGAGCUUUCCUACUUUUUGUGACCCUAUGGAUAGUUUCUGCACAAGAGGACGAAUCAUGCGAUCCUGUUAUGGUACAGGGCAUCUCGAAAAGAAAUGGAGAUAAUGGAUACAGGAUUCGGAUCGAUAGGUUACCCUCUGACUAUGUUCCAGGCCAGGAGUAUCGGGUCCUUCUUCAGAGUACAACACCCGUGUCUUUCAGAGAAUUCUUUCUUGUCGCAACCAAGGAAUCUGCCCCUAAUGAAUUUGCAGGAAAUUUCAGUAUUACAGACAAAUUAAAGGUGCGUUUCUCAGAUAGGUGCAGCCAUGCCUUGAAGCACACCUUUGCAUCAAGUAAGACGUCCAUCUCGGCUCAGUGGAUAGCCCCACCAGCUGGGACGGGUUGUGUAAUUUUCAGAGCUGGUGUGAUUCAGAAGAAAACAGUGUGGUUUGCUGAAGAUGGUCGACUCACUUUGCAACUCUGCGAGAGAGAGAUCCAAGAUGGUCCAGCCCCAUCCCCCACCCCUGACCCUCAUCGCUGCUGUGCCCCGCCCCACCAAGAGGCCAAGUAUAGGUUCACCUUUGUCAGCACAUGGACGCCACAGACUCAUCCAAAUCAAUACCCUACUGGUAACGGCAAUCACUGGUCCGACUUGAUUGGUGCCUCUCACAGUUCAGACUACACUAUAUGGGAUUAUGGUCAGUAUGCUUCCAGAGGUAUUAAGAUGGUCGCUGAGUGGGGCAGUCCUUACGCGCUUGAGAGAGAGAUCAAACAGCAGGGAGACGACGUCAAGACCGUAAUAUUCAGCCGCGGUCUCUUCCCCGCCUACGGUCCCAGACUCCGUAACAUGACGUCGUACUUCAAGACCGAUUCCCAACGCAACCUCGUAUCGGCGGUGUCCAUGAUGGGUCCCAGCCCAGACUGGUGCGUCGGCAUCUCAAAGGAAAACCUGUGCACAGAGGACUGUGGAUGGGUCGAGAGAAAGGUUUUCUAUCUGCAACCCUGGGAUGCAGGCACGGAUAGUGGCAUCAUGUACAAUUCCAGGAAUUCCCCUAUGGAUCCACCCGAUCCCAUCCGUAUUAUCACAAGCUCCGAUCCAAACAACACGAGGGCGCCCUUCUUUCACCCCAACGGACAUCCCAUCCCUCCUCUUGCGACAGUCAUCCUUGAAAGAAUAUCAGUCCGUAACCGUAGCAACACAGAAACUGACGACACAACUGGUUCACAAGGUGGUGCACAUGGAGGCAUGCCACCCAAGAAGCCUAUGAUGGGUGGCAAUCCCACGAUGCCUCCAAAGGUCAUGGGAGGUCAUGACCCAACAAUGCCUCCAAAGGUCAUGGGAGGUCAUGACCCCACAAUGCCUCCAAAGGUCAUGGGAGGUCAUGACCCCACAAUGCCUCCAAAGGUCAUGGGACUGUCUGUUCCAACAAUGCCUCCAAAGGUCAUGGGAGGUCAUGACCCAACAAUGCCUCCAAAGGUCAUGGGAGGUCAUGACCCAACAAUGCCUCCAAAGGUCAUGGGAGGUCAUGAAACCACAAUGCCAUCAAAGGUCAUGGUUCAAGAACCUACAAUGCCUCCAAAGCACAUCGGAGUCACCAUGCCACGGAAGACCAUUGAGAUUAUCCCUGAAGGUACUAAUAUAGAGGUUAUGCCCCCUAAAAGAAGAGGUAAGGUUGUAGACUGUAUGAUGUCAGCGUGGGGCGAGUGGUCGGAGUGUUCCAAGAGUUGUGGGAAGGGUAAGAUGCUACGUCAGAGGAUGAUCAAGCAAAGACCUCGCAAUGGCGGACAGGAAUGCGGACCAACGAGGGAAAGACAGUCCUGCAACGUUGCCAGAUGUGUUUCAAAAUCGCGAGACUGCCGUAUGAGCGAGUGGGGGCCGUGGUCGGAGUGCUCGGUUACCUGCGGGAUGGGCGUCGAGUUUCGCAUGAGAGAUGUCGUGAGGAGAGCAAGGGGCGACGGCGCCCCCUGUGACCCCCUCAAGGAGAUGCGUGCCUGCUCGGCCAUUCCCUGCUGAUGCCUUCAACCAGUAUUUUUUUAUAAUUAGAAA